UCUAAAAGUCAAAAGGCCUUGUAGGAGCGGACCGAGUCAUAAAUUCAUCGCUCGGUGCACAUCUGGUCUGGUAGCACUAGCAAACAGGUCCCUUACUCUCCCGCUAACUCACUGAGUUCCAUAGGCUCUCGCCUUUGCUUCAACCCCUAACUCCCUUCAGCAUGAAGCUAGUAAGGUUUUUGAUGAAGUUGAACAAUGAAACGGUGUCGAUUGAGCUCAAGAAUGGAACCGUUGUUCACGGCACCAUCACAGGUGUGGAUAUCAGUAUGAACACUCAUCUGAAAACGGUGAAACUUACAUUGAAGGGGAAAAAUCCAGUGAGUUUAGAUCACCUUAGUGUGAGGGGCAACAAUAUUCGCUACUAUAUUCUACCUGACAGCUUAAAUCUCGAGACAUUGCUGGUUGAAGAGACACCUAGGGUGAAACCCAAGAAGCCAACAGCUGGGAAACCUUUAGGACGUGGUCGGGGUCGUGGGCGUGGAAGGGGACGCGGUCGAGGUCGUUAACUUGGCUGCCUUGCAUCAAAUUUUUUGUGACAAUCAGAUGCGUAGGCAGAUUUGCUGUAGGGAGAAUUUUGUGGGUGAUUAUACGAAUAUUAAAGGAACCCUAUUGGCAUAUUACCAUCAUGUGUGGUUAUUAGCCUGGAUUUGGAUAGCUUAAUCAUGAAUCCCUAGAUUACCAGCCUCAGAUGAUAUGAUCUAGUGCUAAUAGGUGAGCAGGUAAUCUAUUUCUAUUCCGGUUUGUUGCUUUUAGAACGAGAAAAGGUAAAAAUAGGAAGCAACAAUCUUGGAUUGUCACUCAUACAGACCAUGCUUAGUGUUGAUGUUGAACCUUUUCCUGAAGUUGAUUUUUUACUAGCUACUAGGGUUAUCAAA